AUGGAAAUGGCUCUCUCCAAUGAAUACGAUCAAGUACUACGAGAGGACAAUAAAACGAAUCGACUCAAAGAAGCCCUAUUGCUGUUCGACGGCGUUGUUAACAACCAAUAUUUCAAGGAUGUAUCCGUUAUAUUGUUUCUUAACAAAAAAGAUUUAUUCGCCGAAAAAAUAUUAUACGUAUCGUUGAAAGUCUGUUUUGAAACCUAUGACGCUGAACGUGACGGCACGGGGUAUACGGCUUCGGUGGCGUACAUAAGGAAACGAUUCGAGAACGCCCUCAUCAAACACUCGAAGAAACCGUAUAUCCACGAGACCUGUGCAACGGACACGAAUCAGGUCCAGGUCGUGAUCAACUCUGUCAUCGACACUAUUGUGCAGGAGAAUUUGAAAGAUACAGGAAUGAUCUAA